CGGCCCCUGCUCAGCGAUUGGAGGAAACCCCGUGGAUCGGUUAGAGCUUUCAGCGCUUGGAGGAGAUCGUACUCUCCCAGCGGCACUUAGCUAGCUACACUCACUCACCUCAUCCCGGGAACCCAUCAGGUGCGCUCCGUUCUCUUCUUCUAACACAGAAAAACUAGCCAUGGAUAAAAAUGAGCAGGUUCAGAAAGCCAAGUUGGCUGAGCAGGCUGAGAGAUACGAUGACAUGGCAGCUUGCAUGAAGCAAGUUACCGAGGAAGGAACUGAACUAUCUAAUGAAGAGCGGAAUCUUCUUUCAGUGGCCUAUAAAAAUGUAGUAGGUGCCCGUCGGUCGUCCUGGAGGGUUGUCUCUAGUAUUGAGCAGAAGACAGAAGGAUGUGAGAAAAAACAACAAAUGGCUCGAGAAUACAGAGAGAAAAUUGAGACUGAGCUCAAAGAUAUCUGCACUGACGUUCUGGGUCUUCUAGACAAAUACUUGGUACCCAAUGCAUCACAAGCAGAGAGCAAGGUCUUCUAUUUGAAAAUGAAGGGCGAUUAUUACCGUUACUUGGCUGAGGUUGCUGCUGGCGAAGAUAAGCAAAGCAUUGUGGAGCAAUCUCAGAAAUCAUAUCAAGAUGCUUUUGACAUAAGCAAAUUGGAAAUGCAGCCAACACACCCUAUCAGACUUGGCCUGGCUUUGAAUUUCUCAGUAUUUUAUUAUGAGAUCCUCAACUGUCCGGAAAGAGCAUGCUCUCUUGCAAAAACCGCUUUCGAUGAAGCGAUUGCAGAGCUUGAUACCCUGAGCGAAGAGUCAUACAAAGACAGCACGUUAAUAAUGCAGUUACUGCGAGACAACUUAACAUUGUGGACAUCAGACACCCAAUGUGAAGAACCCGAACAAGGAGAAGGAGGGGAAAAUUAAUCAGCCUUCCUUUGUCUGCCUCAUUCUAAAAUUUACACAAUAGACCAUUCGUCAUCCUUCCUGUCCCACAAAUAGUUUUUUUUUAUUAUUAUUAUUAUUAUUAUUUACAAUUACAAAAGGUUUGUUACUUCUAUUUGGAUUUCUGUAUUUCCCAUAUGGUUUGUUUAAUAGGGAGUAGAGCCAGUUAACCUUUUUGGGGGCGCUUAAGAUCUGUACUUUUUUUCAUCUGAGGUGACCAACAUGGGGGAUGUGGAAUUUUUAUACAUGUUUUAAAUGUUUGGCAUAUUAUAAUCCUGGUGUAUUGUGGAUUGCCACAAGGCCAGUGUUAAAUCCAUUUCCCUUAGCAAAGAUAAGUAAAUUGCUUUAAUAAGUAUCAGUGUCAUUGAAAAUAAGGGAUUAUUGGUUGAAGCUAAAAGGCACAGACUUUGAAAUUCCUAAAGCACAUUGGAGGGAAAAUAUCACACACAAAUCUCUAUCUUCCUCCAAGCCAAUAUCUAAAUUUUACUGAAUGUCCCCUAACAAGGCAAGUAAAUACAGCCAAAUUUUUGGACUCAACGGUUCACAUUCCUUUUCUAAAAAAAUAACAAAAACAAACGUAACCUUUGUUUGCUUUUGUAUUGUUUGUUCUCCAUAUAUUUUUUUUUUUUUUUUUUUUUGUAUUUAAAUUGUUUUAAGCAACUUAAGAUCAAACGUACUUGAUACAUUAGAUAUACAUUGUUGGUAUUCAUAAUUCCAUUAUUUCAAGCACAUCAGAAAAGUUAACUUUUUUUUUUUUUUUAUACUUGCCUAACAUGCAUGUGACUGUAAAAUUUAAAAUAAAAAUAGUUACCAGGGGAAUAACUUGAAAUGAUGGCUAGCUUUGUUAAAUGUCUUAUGAAAUUUUCAUGAACAAUCCAAGCAUAAUUGUUAAAGAACAUGUGUAAUAAGUUGAUGUAAGUGGAAUAAAAGUUUUAUGAAUGGA